AUGGGUCAGAGGAACAAGAAGUUUACCAAAAAGAAGAGACACAACAAGAAGAAUGAGGGAAACGAUUCUGACGAUGGCGACUUUGAGCUGGCAGCAGAAGUUAAAGACGAUGAUAUGGCGGGAAAGAAGCUCCCACGGUUUCCAACGUCGUCAGACUGUCUCUCUGACGUGGAGCCCGACACCAGGGAGCUGGUCCGCGCUCAGAACAAGAAGAAGAAGAAAUCUGGUGGAUUUCAGUCCAUGGGUCUGAGUUAUCCGGUGUUUAAAGGUGUCAUGAAGAAGGGCUACAAGGUCCCCACUCCCAUCCAGAGAAAAACGAUCCCUGUCAUUCUGGAUGGCAAAGAUGUAGUCGCUAUGGCCAGGACCGGCAGCGGCAAAACGGCAGCCUUCCUCAUUCCCAUGUUCGAGAAACUGAAGGCACCUCAAGCCAAGUCCGGUGCGAGGGCCCUGGUUCUCUCUCCCACCAGAGAACUCGCACUACAGACCAUGAAGUUCACCAAAGAGUUGGGAAAAUUCACAGGACUCAAAACAGCUUUGAUCCUCGGUGGAGACAGUAUGGACGACCAGUUUGCUGCCCUGCAUGAAAACCCUGACAUAAUCAUGGGAACGCCCGGUCGUCUGAUGCACGUGGUGAAAGACAUGAACCUGAAGCUGCACAGUGUGGAAUACGUGGUGUUUGACGAGGCGGACAGACUGUUCGAGAUGGGGUUCGCCGAGCAGCUCCAGGAGAUCAUUCAGAGGCUCCCGGACACCAGGCAGACCUUACUGUUCUCCGCCACGCUACCCAAGCUGCUGGUGGAGUUUGCCAGAGCCGGCCUGACUGAACCGGUUCUGAUCCGUCUGGACGUGGACUCAAAGCUCAGUGACCAAAUCAAACUGUCUUUCUUCCAUUGUCGCGUGGACGACAAACCUGCUCUUCUUCUUCACCUCCUGAGAAACGUGUUCAAGCCUCAGGAGCAGACCGUGGUCUUCGCCGCCACAAAACACCACAUCGAGUACCUGAGAGAGCUUCUUUCCUCUGAGGGGAUCGAGUGUGCGUUCAUCUACAGUGCCCUGGACCAGACAGCCAGAAAGAUCAACAUUGGGAAGUUUGUGCAUCGGAAAGCCAUGGUGCUGCUGGUCACUGAUGUGGCUGCACGUGGUAUAGACAUCCCCCUGCUGGACAAUGUGGUGAACUACAACUUCCCCUCCAAACCCAAGCUCUUCCUGCACAGAGUCGGUCGUGUUGGGCGAGCCGGCCGCAGUGGCACGGCGUUCAGCAUCAUCUGUCCUGAUGAGAUGGCCUACGUGUACGACCUGCACCUGUUCCUGGGCAGACCUGUGCAGCUGGCCACCCUGGGAAACACGGAGGACGUGGACGGUUUGUUCGGCCGUGUGCCUCAGACCAUCCUGGACGACGAGGGAGCCCACUUGAUCACGUCCCACGAGAAUUCCCUGGAGCUACAGAACCUCCACCGGAUCUCGGAGAACGCCUACAAGCAGUACCUGAAGUCCCGGCCCAGCCCCGCCCCCGAGUCGGUCCGACGGGUCAAAGGCUUCGACGUAUCUCACGUGGCGGUUCACCCCUUACUCGGUUCUGGUCUGGAGAAGAUGGAGCUGGAUCGUCUUCAUAUUGUGGACGCCAUUAAGGGCUACAAAUCCAAAGCAACAAUAUUUGAGAUAAACUCCCACAGUAAGACCUCGGCGAGUGAAGUGAUGCGAGCCAAGCGCAGCAGAGACGACGGUCUGGUGAACAAGUACAGUCUGCACAAAGAGACUGUUGAAGCUGAAGCCCUGUCUCAGCUCGGUAUGAAGACCAGCGCUGAGGGUGGAACCGUGAAGGCUGAAGACAUGGAGGAGGAUGACAACUUUGAGGGGGUGUUUUCAAACGUUGUUGGUGGAAAGAGAUCGCAUCAGCAUGAGUUUGAUGGAAACCACAGAAACAAGAAAUCAAGACCCUCAGGCAAAGACGAGGACUACUAUAUUCCAUACAGACCCAAGGACUUCAACUCCGAGAGAGGGUUGAGUCUGGGAGGAGAGGGCACGUCGUUCGAACAGCAGGCCUCCUCUGCUCUGCUGGACCUGAUGGGGGACGAGGGAGACCAGCUGAACCAGCACAAGAGCAUGAUGAAAUGGGACCGAAAGAAGAAGCGUUUUGUCCGAGACACUGGGAAAGAAGACAAGAGGAAGAUCAAGACGGAGAGCGGACACGUGGUCAGCAAGAGCAAGAAGAACUUUUAUGAAGAAUGGAAGAAGAAAUACAAAGUGGACGAUUUGGGCGGCGACAAUGAAAGUGUGGGAGUGAUGCGAGCUGGAGGUCGUGGUCGUGGUCGCGGUCGUCACUGUCCCGGUAAAAGCCCCGGGCCGCAGGAGACCACCGGGGGCCGCCAGAUCCGCUCUGAGCUGAAAUCAAGUCAACAGAUCCUGAAGCAGCGGAAGAAGCAGCAGAAGCAGAAGUUCCUGCAGAGCGGAGGAUUGAAGCAGCUGCGGAACAAAAACAAACCCUUCGCAAGAGACAUGAAGAAGUCUGGGUUCGGACGAGGAGGAAAGAAGGGAAAGAUGAGGAAGAAGCUCUGA